GAACAUUUUGGCUCUGAGUCUGCUGGCUGUUAUAUGGCGCAAUCCGCAUAUGAUGGAGGAAUUGGAAAAUAGUUACGACUAUAACGUGGAUCCCAAUGCACCAAUUUUGCCUACUCCUUUAAGCAAAAUUGAACCGCCUUAUGCUUAUCGUGACCACUCACUAAUCUAUCGUAAGCAAUAUCAAAAUUUUGAUAUGGGCGGCUUAGUGUGCACUUGUAUGAUAGCAAUAACAUUAAUGAUGAUAUAUGGUACCAUUAAGGGGAAACCAUCACAUUUGUUGCCUUUCUUUUGCUUGCAGUUGUUUGACUUUGCAAUUACAACUUUAACUGCUGCUGGUUACCUGUGCUAUUUGCAAGCAAUACAUCGACUUGUCGCAGAAUCUCCUCGCUUGCCGUGGCGCGAGAAAUUAUUAGAACUUUCACCUGAGGAGUUGGUGAUUGUUGUACUGGUUGUGUUUAUCUGUAUUGUUUUUCUCAAAGCAUAUGCUAUAGGCAUUGUUUGGCGUUGCUACAAAUAUCUCACAUUGCGCCAACAAAAUAUGCGUACAUUGUUACCUUGCGUUAUGCCGGAUAUAGCCAGUGCCAAUUUAGUUGCGGAGGAACGAGCUUAUUCCACACUCUUGCCCAAUUACGAUGAAGCUAUUGCACAGUAUAUGAAACAAGCACCACCACCAUCUUAUCAAGUUGCCAUGUCCAAUUAUGAGGCUGAAGAGAACACCAACACAAAUGAUGCUGAAGGCACUGAUAAUAAUAAUGAUACACCAAAUAACAAUAAUACUGUACAUGUUAACGCAAAUACGCCACCAAUGAGGCGUAAUGAGAACACCGCUGCUGCUGUUGCAGCUGAUGCUGAUGCUGAUAUUACAACACCUGAUACUGAUGAUAGUUUGUCAACACCACCACCAGCAUACAAUGAUACAGUCACUGUUACAAAUGUGGAUGAACAGGAAUCACCAAUACGUACUGCAACAAGUUCAGCUGCAGUUUCGUCCAUUACGGAAGCUAAUAGCAUUGCUCAGAAUGCUGCCCAUACAAAUGAGAGUCAAGCCUAAUUUGUAUGUGUAGUAGUGAUUUUUUGGAGACUAAAUUGCGUGUAGAGUUUUUUUUAUAUGUUUUUAUUUUGUAUUUUUAUUCUGUUUUAUUUUUUAGUGCAAUUUUCAAAAUAAGUGUUAAUGUUAUUCACUUUACGCGUUCAUCUUUUACUUCUUUCAAAUUAAUAUCCUUUUUUAUUUUUAUUUUUUUUUUAAACAAAUUUGUAACAAUACUGAAAUUCUACACAAUUAUAUGGAGAAAUUAAGCAGGUUGAACUAAACAAAAAUUAUACAUAUUGAAAGUAUACAUAUUAAGAUAAAAAUACUAAAUUUUAUGUAUUAUU